CAAAUCAUAAUGAAAAAUCAUAUUACUACCUCCCGCUAUAUUUGUCCACUUUUGAUUUUUGGAACUGUUCAUCUGAACACAUUGACUCAUCAAAUUCUCUCAAUGUGUAAGCCUAAAUAUAGUCAUGUGUGAUCUUGUUUGAUUUGUCUUAACAUAUAGAUUAUUAAUAUAUAAUUUCUAUAAUUUUUUAAUAUACAAAUUACAAGAUAAAAUGGAUUAAACAAGGCCGUCGUGGUGGCACGUCCGGUUUUCGAUCAGGACAUUAUUGGAUCAUGGAGGUUCAUCGCGGUGGCGGCGCCGCCGCGGAGGUUUGCCGGAAGCUUCACAUAAUCUAUUUUCUCAGCCGGAAAGCCCGCACCGAACACCCGCAUCUCUUCUCCGUCCACACCUACUGCCGCCACGGUGUCCGCCUCAGAGACGUGAAGGGAUGGUUGGGGGAAUUGAGAGGAAAAGAAUUUCCGGAAUCAUUUGCAUGGUCAUACAAGAGGUUGAGAGACUCAAAUCCCAAAGAUCAAUGCCAAUGCCAUAAGGAGACAUCCAUGGAUCACAAUCUUUCUGGAAAGACAUCGCCGGAAACAUCCACAUUCGCCGGCGAGGACGGCGGCGCAUCCGCCGAUAAGAUCCAAGGGCAAGAAAUGACGCGGCGGAGCACCGGCGGCGAAAGAUCUGCUUCCUCUUCGCUUUGCUCUCUGUUCUCGAAACAUAAAAUCGGCGGGGAAGACGACGGGGCCCCACAACCCUCCGCCAGCAUUUUUCGGAAUCUCAUCACUUGCGGCACCGUGGACACGAAAGACUCCGCCGUCUUGCGCCGCCAUCCGCCGCCUGCUCCGUUGCCGGAGAAAAAAGAUUGUUCGGAGAUUUGUUGUAAGAAAACGGAGAGGCUGCGUGGGUCCCAGCGGAUUUUCAGCUCUAAUGGGAACAAAGAACAUCGCCAUAGUAAACCCAUGAAAGGCUGCGAGGAGCUGUACGGCCGAAGGCCUUUCAACAAAUCUCCACACUGUUCACAAUGUGGAAAGCCAUUCAAUCCAGAGAAACUGCAUUCCCACAUGAAGUCAUGCAAAAUAUUAAGGAAUUAUAAGGAGAAAGAAUAUUCUAAGAGAUCGACGGAGGGUUCGUUGACGAAGAACUCUUAUUGCUUCACUCACUGAAUAUUUUUGCAUUUCAUUUUUGCUUCUUUUGAUUCUUAUUGUGUAUUCCUUUUAAAGCACUCUGGUGCCGGAAGGCGUAGCUUAGUUGGUAAAUA